UCUCUAAUCUCAUUUCUUCUUAUAAUGAACGACUUUUAAUGAUUUUUGUUUAAUAAUACAAACAGAAACGCCAUCAUUACAGAGACUGUAUACACAAAGACAAGUCAAGUAAUCAGUGUAAUGUUCCUGUAGGGUUCUCAGACGGUUCUCAGACGGUUCUCAGAGGGUUCUGGACGUUUGGGCAGGAUUUAGGUCACUAUUCACUCAGCUGAUCACGGGCUCAUUAUUAUUUAAGAAGAAGAAAUCAGAGCUUUCAGUUUCACUGAGGUCGUCAGUCAGAGAGCACCGGAGAAGAUGGACAUUUUUAAAAGAACACGAUUGUACCGGAGCAUAAGCAGAAACUCUAGGCGCAGGAGAGGAGAAGUGAGGUUUCUGCGCUGUGUAUCUGGAAACACUCUGGGUUCAGAUGAUGGAUUUAUAAGAAAGCUGAAAGAGGGAAUACCCGGACUGAAGGAGGAGUUUAAUGUGGAGAACUGUGAUUUUAUUCUGGUUUUCUGUUCUGUUGUUUCUCAAUCUGGAACCGACAUUCAAGCAGCUCUGAAAAAACUACAGGACUUAUCAGAACCCAAGCGAACAGUUCUGGUGGUUCUCCAUCCCACAUUUGAUCAGGAGAUGACAGUACCAGUAAGCAGCAGGAGUGUGAACAGAGAGAAUACUCUCACUGUGGACUGUCUGUUUCAUGAGGAUAGAGGAUUACUGCAGUGCUACAGGAACCAGGAAGCUCUGGAGAAAGUUACACAGUGGAUAAAACCUCCGCAGAUGGAGGAACUCUCAGAAGCCACAGCAGCAACAAAGGUAUAUGAUUUGAAGUCAACAUUAGUGCAGCCAGGAGCAGAAGAAGAUGAGGCCGCAGCAGUGAAGAAAGCAGCAUCUAAGGCAACAGCAGAGAAGGCAGCAGCAGAGAAGGCAGAAGCAGCUGCCAAAACAGCAGCUAAGGAAGCAGCAGGGAAGGCAACAGCUGCUAAGACAGCAGCUGAGGAAGCAGCAGGGAAGGCAGCAGCUGCUAAGACAGCAGCUGAGGAAGCAGCAGGGAAGGCAGCAGCUGCUAAGACAGCAGCUGAGGAAGCAGCAGGGAAGGCAACAGCUGCUAAGACAGCAGCUGAGGAAGCAGCAGGGAAGGCAGCAGCUGCUAAGACAACAGCUGAGGAAGCAGCAGGGAAGGCAGCAGCUGCUAAGACAGCAGCUGAGGAAGCAGCAGGGAAGGCAACAGCUGCUAAGACAGCAGCUGAGGAAGCAGCAGGGAAGGCAGCAGCUGCUAAGACAGCAGCUGAGGAAGCAGCAGGGAAGGCAACAGCUGCUAAGACAGCAGCUGAGGAAGCAGCAGAGAAGUCAGCAGCUGCUAAGACAGCAGCUGAGGCAGCAGCAGAGAAGUCAGCAGAAGCUUUAAAAGCAGUUGAGGAAGGAGGAGUUAAGGAAGACGCAUCUGAGGAAGCAUCAACUGAGGAAGCUGAAGUAAAGGCAGCAUCAGCUAAGAAAGAAGCAGCUAAAGAAGCAGCUAAAGAAGCUGCAGUAAAGGCAGCAGAAGCUGAAGAAGCAGCAGGGAAGGCAACAGAAGCUGAGGAAGCAGCAGGGAAGGCGGCAGAAGCUAAUAAUAUAGCAGCUGAGGAAGCAGCAAUAAAGGCAACAGAAGCUGAAGAAGCAGCAGGGAAGGCAACAGAAGCUGAGGAAGCAGCAGGGAAGGCGGCAGAAGCUAAUAAUAUAGCAGCUGAGGAAGCAGCAAUAAAGGCAACAGAAGCUGAGGAAGCAGCAGGGAAGGCUGCAGCAGCUGAGGAAGCAGCAGUGAAGGCGACAACAGCUGAGUCAGCAGCAGCAGCUGAGGCAGCAGCAGCAGCUGAGGAAGCAGCAGUGAAGGCAGCAGCAGCUAAGGCAGCAGCAGUGAAGGCAGCAGUAGCUAAGGCAGCAGCAGUAAAGGCAGCAGCAGCAGUGAAGGCUGCAGCAGCUGAGGCAGCAGCAUUGAAGGCAGCAGAAGCUAAGGAGGCAGCAGCAAAGGUAGAAGCAAAGAAAGAAUCAGCAAUAAAGUUAGCAGAAGCAAAGGCAGAAGAAGCAGAGGCAGCAACAGAAAAUGAAAAAUUAGCAAAAGGAAUAGCAGCACAGGCAGCACAACGUAACAAAGCAGCAGCACAGGUAGCACAAACGAAAGCAGCAGCAGAGGCAACAGCAUCAGAGGCAGUGAGAGUAAAGGCAGCAGCAGCAAAGGCAGCAGCGGGGAAGGCAGAAGCAGCAAAUGCGAAACAAAGUACGGCAGCAUCAUCAGCAGAGGCUGCAGCAAAAGAGGCUGCAGCAGCAGAAAUGGCAGCAGAGGCAGCAGCACAAGGGGCUGCAGCAGCAAAAGCAGCAGCAGUGGCUGCAGCAGAAGCAAAUGCAUUAGCAGCAGAGGAAUCAGCAGUGAAGGCAGCAGUAGCGGCUGCAGCAGCAGCAGAGGAAGCAGAAGCAGAGGCAGAAGCAGCUGAGGCUGCAGCAGUGGAGGCAGAAGCCGCAGAGGAAGCAGCAGCUAAGGCAGCAGCUGUAAAAGCAGCAGUAGAGAAGGCAGCGAAAGCAAAGGAAGCAGCAGCAGAGGCAGCAGAAGCAGCAAAGGUAGCAGCAGCAGAUCUGACAGCAGCAGCAGAGGCUGCAGCAAAAGCAGCAGCAGUGAAGGCAGAAGCAGAAGAGGCAGCAGCUUUGGCAGCAAAAGCAGCAGAGGCAGCAGCAGCGGAGGCAAAAGUAGCAGUGGCUUUAGCAGCGGAGGCAGCUACAGCAAAUGCAGAAGCAGCAAAGGCAGCAGCAGAGGCAGCAGCAUUGGAAACUGCAGCAGCAGAGGCAGCAUCAAAGGCAGCAACCGAAGAGGCAGCAGCAAAGGAAUCAGCAGCAGUACACGCAGUAGCAGAAGCAGUAAGAAAAGCAACGGCAGUGAAAGCAACAGCAGAAGACAAGGAAGCAACAGCAAAGGCUGAAGCAGCAAAGGCAGCAACAGGAGAGGCAGCAAAAGCACAGGCAGCAGCAAAAGGAGUGGCAGCAGCAGCGGGGCAGGCUAAAAAAAUAAGGGCAGAAGCAGCAAAAGAAGCAUCUGAGAAGGAAAAAGCAGUGAAGGAAUUGGCAAGAAAGGCAGUGGAAGCAUUAAGAGCAGCAGAAAAGGCAGCAGUAAUAAAGGCAACAGCAGCAAAUAAGGCAGCAGCAGAGGCAGAAGCAGCAGACAUGUCAGCUAAAAAGGCAGCAGAAGCAGAGAAAGAAGCAGUGAAGACAGCAACAGCAAAGGCAGCAACAGCAAAGGCAGUGACAGAAAUGGUAAUAACAGUGAAUGCAGAAGCAUUAAAGGCAGAAGAAGCAAAGCGAAUAGCAGUGGAGGCAGCAGCAAAUAAGGCAGUAGCAGCAAAGGCAGCAAAAAUAAAGGCAUCAGAAGCAAAGACAACAGCAGAAAAGGCAGCGGCAGCUGAGGCAGCAGCACAGACAGCAGUGAAGGCAGUUGCAGCAGAUCCAGCACCAUAUGAAGAAGCAGCAAAUAGAGAUGUUGAUGGAACAAUACAAUCAGAAACCAGAAAUCAGACUGUACUGGUAAGGUUUUUUAAUAUUCAAUGUGUUUUUAUAAUCUUAUCUGGAAUAGGUUAUAUGUGGCAUGUUAAAACAAGCUGA